AUGGCUAAAGGGGAAGCGGAACGAGCCAGAAGCCUGAUCAACUGGAAAACGCAACCAGCAGACUGUUUGGUACUUUCGUUAACUCAAACCGAAAAACAGUUGCGCGAUUGUCAAGUCGAAUUGGAUAAGGCACACACGGAACUGACCAAACUUCAUUGCGAACGAGAUCAACUCCAGUUGGAACGUGAUACGUUGGCGCAGGAUUUGGAACAUAUUUUGAAUCGGCGGCAGAAUUUUGCCGACCUCCGACAACAGUUGACUCGAUUGACACAGGAAAAAUCCGGAACCCACAACAAGUGUUCCGCUUGUGUCAGGCCUACACACCGAGACGACAGUUUGAAUCGGCAUUGUGCAAAACGGGCACAGCACAGUUCUCGAUCGGGCGGUGAAUGCUACUACCGGCUGCCACACAAAUCAAAUUCCGGUCCACGAGUUGGACAUUCCAAUUUAAAAAGAACGCACACAAUCGAUCUGGCUGCUCGGUAA